GUGAACGCAUAUUUGGAGAAUGCAUUUACUGAGCAUACCAACCCACGUCUGGUCUUAGAGUUGGCAAGGCUGUUCACCUACCGCAUCGCACAAAUACAACUUGUCUCGGAAGAGCCUACGCUUGUCUUCUCCGUUCAGCCACCAACACAGCACAGUCCCUUUUAUCUACCUCGAUUCCUCGCCAGCCUGUCUACGUCAGACACCUUGUACCCUACUUUCAUUCAUCCCUUCUUUAUCUAUUCAACAUGUUAUACCCAGACCAGCCCACGCCACCCUUCAAAUCGCCCUACCAACAUCGGACAGGCACCAUAAUGGAAUCGCCCUAUCCUUCACCGGUACGACACGAGGCGCGAUCCAAGUACUCGCAAGGUCUUGGCCUGUAUGAAGUCCAGUCGGCAUUUCCAAAUGGUCUGCCUCCAUCGCCUCAACCCUCAGAGGCCUGGAGUGGCCAGUAUUCCAACACAUCGUCUUCGGCAGAUUUUGCCAACCCGUAUCUCUCGGGAGCCUUUGACCAUCCAGUCUCUCGCUCACCUUUACCCUGGCAGUCGGCACAGUCAUCUCCCCGCUCCUCUCUGUCUUCGUAUACUCGCGAGAUGUCGGCAUUUUCUCAUGAUGGCUCAGAGCACGCAUACUCGGGCGUAGUCAAAGGCGAAACGCCAGCAUGGAGCCCACAGAUGCACUUUGGUGCCGAUGUGCCAGUGGACAUGAAUGAGCUUGCAACCUCAAGGCAGGCGCAGCUCACAGUAGCCCCGGAACGGCUCAACACCAGCGCCUAUCCGUAUGAGAACGCCUACACGCCACCGAAUGCACCCAAAUACAACCAGACUCUUGUAUACAACUACCACAACGACGGCUAUGAGAGGGCGCUAUCAGAUGGAAGCAUUCCCAGCCCACGCGCUCGGAACUUGCGCCCCAGGUACACGAUCACAGCGGCACAUCGCAGACAAACUCGCAACCGCAGGCACACUGAUCCUGCUCACGCGGCAUUCCUUUGCGAGCUUUGCCCCAAGAAGGGCUUCGCUCGCAAGUACAAUUACAACCAGCACAUGCUCACACAUGCGCCCAUGCGCAGAAAGGACCAUGUGUGUCUGUACACCAACUGUGGAAAGCAGUUUGUACGCAAGACGGAUCUGGUGCGACACCGGGCAUCUGUGCAUGAGAAACAGAAGCCAUGGCCCUGUUCCAAGUGCUCUUCAGUCUUUGCCCGUAAGGACACACUGCGCAGACAUGAAUCAGAUGGAUGUCCUCGUCGUACAGAGCUCAGUACGGAAGGCAUCAGGUCGCGUUUGUGAUGCAAGGAUCCUCCUGUUCACCUGCGGGCAAACACUCGACAAGAAGACGAUGCAUGCAGAGCCUUUCUAAGAUGUCUUGAUUGUGUCGGUGGGGUGCUCAGCAGAUGACCAGAACAUUUCUCUCGUUUGGGUUUGCGGAUGACAUUGCUUAUUUUGCGUGGGUGGGACACGUGCGCUUAUUUUUUGCUGGAGUUUUGGAGAUGCUCGAAAGAAUAUGAGAGCCAUAGAUUGCAGUCACAUAAUGAGGAUGCCUGGCUUCAGUGCGCAGUGGCCCCUCUUGUCCGUAAUGCGAAUACGAUAAC